AUGAUUACUCCAAGAUAUAUACAUCGAUGGGUAGGGAGUCCUUCCAGAACUAUGAUUGGAAAUAUAGGAUAUGGAGCCAUAGGAAUGCAUCGAAGACCAUUUUUCAAUGCUAUGAGGCUCUAUACCUCUAAUCCCAAUGAAAAACAACUGAAGGAUCAAGAACAAAACUUGAAUCAUUGGAAGAAGAACUUACCUGGUAUACCUUCCAAUAACAAACUCGCACCUUCCAAUAAGGUUACUAAGGAACAGCUACUAGCUAAUGCGAAUAAUUUCGUUUCAAGAUUGAGGGUAAGACUAAAAUGGAUAUUGAAACGUUCCAAUAAACCAUUUAAUACGGAUGAUUACUCUGCAUUUUUUUCGUGGUUGGUAAUGGGUAAUGUUUUGCUCAUUAUCCUAGCGACAACGACAUUCUUUUCGCUAGUAAUAACUACUUUCAACACUGUGUUUGCUCAAGAAUUCGUCGCAAGAAAGCUUGGUGAGUUCAUAACAAAAAACUCGAAAUUAACUGUUACAUUUGAACACGCUAUCGUGCCAGGCUGGUCUGAUGGAAAAAUCAGCUUUCGGAAAUGUUUUGUAAGUCGAAGGCCGAAGUCAUCCAAGAAGUUUAUUAAAGGAUCGCAAGCGGAAGCUUACGCAGCAAGUUUGGAGAACAACUCAGAAUUCAAGCAGACGGAAGAAGACGAUGGCAACUACACACAAUUUGACUUAACCAUUGAGGAGGUUAAUGUUACAUUAUCGUUUCAAAAGUGGGUCAAUGGAACAGGGAUAAUCGAAACCAUGGAGGUGAAAGGAGUCAGAGGUGAAGUCGAUAGGACGCAUGUACACUGGAACCCUGAUGACGAUGCAACGAACUAUAAGAAUGUCCAUAAGCCCGAUGAUUUCGAGUUCGAAGACUUCAAGUUGGAAGACGUUUUAUUCAAGUUACUACAACCGGGAGAUUUUCGUCCAUUCAGCGUAGCAAUUUACAAUUGUGAGUUAUCGAAAUUGAGAAAACACUGGCUAUUUUAUGACUUCUUAAAUGCCAACAUAAUGAGUGGAUCUUACGACAACUCUCUAUUCACUGUACAUAAAAGACAAAGGUUGAAUGAUUUUGAGGGAGAAUCUCAGGUCACAAAUGAAUGGAAGCGUAUUACAAGAAUAAGGAUUGACGCCUUGAAUAUCGAUCAUUUGAAUAAAGGCUUAGAAGGACCCUUUGGGUGGAUUACCAGUGGUAAUGUUGACAUGAUAGGAGAUAUAAUGGUGCCUCAGGAUAAUACGGAAAUGACCAUGAGUGACAUAGUUGCCACAAUCACAAAUUCAAUCAAAAGAAAUGCAGAAUUAAACCAUGAUCCAAAUCAAGGUCGCUUGAAGUUAAACCGAAAUGACUUUAGUGAUAUUCUGAAAUACUUUGUCCUCGACUUGACUAUAAGAUUAAAUAACGUGAGAGCAGUUGUGCCCUUCCAGGCUCCUGAACUUUCCUACGUCAACUAUGCAUUGAUAAGACCAAUUGUGGCAUAUAUCAACUCACGUAAUACUUUCAUUGAAAUCAAAAGUAGGAUCGUGAAAAACAUUGAAGAUUUCAGUGGGUCUUGGACAGUGUAUGAUUCAUUGCUCAUGGAUGAUAUUUCAGAAGAAGUCUACGAUAAUUUCGUUGAUUACGUAGGAGACGAGGAGAAAAAGCUAGUCAGAGUGAGGAAGGUAGGAUUCUGGUCAUUACAACUAUUAUUCCAGCUAAUUGUUUUCGGACUUGAUGCAUUAACAUAG